AUGGAGACGGCACUUGGAUGUGCAGGACGAGUAUGGCGAUUGGAGACCAACAGCAACCACCAAGAUGCCACGUUGACGGCACAGAUCAGUAGAAGCAGCGAUGGGAAAAAGCAGAGCUCAGUAGACGCUUCGGCUUUUGUGUGCGCACUGGAACCUGCAUCAGGUGUGCUGGUCUUGACAAGCUGGGACUGGCGCAUUUGGCUGGUUGUCUUCAUUGUCGGAUCUGUACCUUGUCCACCGGUGCCGCUUUCCGUUGCCAUGCUGUGUGCCCUCGUGGUUUUGCAACACAAAGGUCCGCAGUCACCAGUGGAGCAGGCCGCGAAGGCCCGCACCGCACCUGAUCUCAAACAUGACUCCGCUCAGCUUCACAAAUUCCUCAUAAUUUGGCUUUCGGCUCAGCGUCUCGUGUCGCAUCGUCGAUCCAAUCGAUCCAGUCGCGUCUUUGAUUUGCGAGUCAUCGACUUCUCUUCCGCCAUGUCGCAGGAACAUACUGAGUACGUUCAGAGCAAGGUCAAUCCCAUCCUCGAGAAUCUUGUGACAGAGGUUCUCUUGGAACGUCCUGACAACCCAGUGCCAUUUAUGGUGCGCUGGCUGGCAGAGCGAUCCAAGGCUGGAAAGGAAUCCCUCUACUCCUUGGGUGUGGGCGAGGCUGAGAAGCUCCGCAAUGAGAUUCGUCAAUUGCAGGAUGACAUCAAAACGCUUUCCGACAAGGUGGGGGAAGCCAAGACCAAGGGUGCUGAGAAGACAGAGAAGCCCGAGGCAACGGCUGGUGAAGGAGGUAAGGCUGAGGAGCAGCCCAAGGAGGACGCACCAAAGGAAGAGGCUGGUGGUGGAGGCGACGAAGAAGAAGCUGAGGAAGGUGGCAAGCAGGAAAAGGAAGAGAAGGAAGACGAGGAGGAGGAAGAAUCAGACUUUGGAGAUGAUGAGGAAGAUCAAGACGAUGAUUGGAAGCCUCCAGCAGCCUACAUGAAGAAGGGACAGCGAGGCUCAGUGUCAGCGGAGGCCUAUGGCGCCUUCAACCAGAAGCAGGCAUUCGAACCACCCGUCUACGAGAAGAGUGCGGACCAAGAAGCACGUAUCAACGAUGUGUUGUCGAAGAGCUUCUUGUUCAACGCUUUGAGCAAGGAUGACCUCAAGGUGAUUUUGGGUGCCUUUCUGGAGAAGAAGAUCCCUGCUGGGGAACGCAUCAUCCAAGAAGGGGAUGAUGGCGAUGUCAUGUUCCUCAUUGAGUCCGGUGCAUUUGAUUGCAUCAAGAAGAUCGACGGUUCAGACAAAGUGGUGAAGAAGUGUGGCCAAGGUGACGUCUUUGGAGAGCUGGCAUUGCUCUACAAUUGCCCACGGGCUGCUUCUGUGGAGGCCACAGAAGAUUCUGUUGUUUGGCAGUUGGAUCGCGAGACCUUUAGCCAUAUCGUCAGAGAUGCCAGUGCCAAGCGUCGUGAAGCCUUCCAGGAUUUCUUGAAGACGGUGCCGCUCUUCAAACCUCUGGAGAGCUAUGACCUGGUGCAGUUGGCCGAUUGCUUGCAGCAGGAGACUCUGGAAGCUGGACAGAAGAUCUUGAAGCAAGGUGGUCCGGGAGAUACCUUCUAUCUCGUGGAAGAGGGAGAACUUGUGGCUACCAAGAAGCGUGAGAGUGGCCAGGAAGAGGAGGUGCUUUCAUACAAGCGCGGGGACUACUUCGGUGAACUCGCACUCUUGAAGAACGAGCCACGCGCCGCAUCCGUGGAAGCAAAGACGGAGGCAAGGGUUUGCAAGAUCGACCGCAAGUCCUUCAAGAACAUCCUCGGACAGUUGGAGGCGCAGUUCAAGGAGGCUGCAUUGAAAUACAAGCCUUGA